AUGGUGCUGUCUAUGAGUGUUGACCCUGAGGAGUAUGUGCAGCGCGCACAGGUCCAGGAGAGCAAUGCGGCCCUGCACAAGGCGCGCAGCCACAAGAACAAUGGAGUCAUGUCGCACUACACACUGGCCGGCCGCUAUGGCACGAAGCCCAUUCCGAAGUACCAUCUGCCUGAGAAGGGCCUUUCGGAGCGCUCUACGUACCAUUUGCUCAGCAACGAGCUUCUGCUCGAUGGCAAGCCGGGCCUGAACCUUGCGUCGUAUGUCCAGACAUGGAUGCCGGAGGAAGCGACCAAGCUUAUGGUCGAGACGAUUGGCAUCAACUUGUGUGACCAGGACGAGUACCCUGCGACGAUCUCGAUCCAUACGCGCUGCAUUUCGAUCCUGUCGAACCUGUGGAAGGCGCCCAAGACGUGCAUCAAGGACGAUGGCCGCCGACUUGCCGCGAUGGGCACGGCCACGACCGGCUCAUCGGAGGCUAUCAUGCUCGGACUGCUUUGUGCCAAGCGCCGCUGGCAGCAGAAGCGCAAGGCGGAGGGCAAGGAUAUCCACAACCCAGGCCCGAAUCUGGUGUUUGGUGCGAACGUGCAGGUGUGCGUGGAAAAGUUUGCGCGCUACUGGGAGGUUGAGGAGCGUCCCGUGCCGGUGGACGAGUCGACGAACUACUGCCUUGAUCCGAAGCGUGCGAUGGACUACAUUGACGAGAACACGAUUGCUGUCGUCGUGAUUCUCGGCUCGACGUACACGGGCCACUAUGAGCCUGUGGAGGAAAUGGCUCAUGAGCUCGAUGAGCUGCAGCAGAGGACGGGCCUGGACAUACCGAUCCACGUUGAUGGUGCGUCUGGUGCGAUGGUGGCGCCGUUUGCGACGCCUGACCACAAAUGGAGCUUUGAUAUCCCGCGUGUGGCCUCGAUCAAUACGUCGGGCCACAAGUUUGGUCUCGUGUAUCCUGGUAUCGGCUGGAUCAUCUUCCGUUCGCCGGAGCUUGUGCCGAGUGACCUGGUGUUUGAGCUGCACUAUCUUGGCUCUGUUGAGUACUCGUUUGGUCUGAACUUUUCGCGCCCUGCAGCCCCGAUGCUGGGCCAGAUGUUCAACUUUAUCUCGCUCGGCCGCGAGGGAUUCACGGCGUCGAUGGAGGCCUGUCUUAUGAAUGCCCGGCUGCUGUCGCGUGCGCUGGAGUACAGUGGCUUGUUCUGUGUGUUGUCGGACAUUCAUCGUCCGGCGAAGAAGAGCGUGCGUGUGACGACGGAAGCGUCCAAGUAUUGUCCUGGCCUGCCUGUCGUGUCGUUCCGUUGGACCGACGAGGUCAGGCAGGAGUAUCCGGAGAUGGAGCAGGGCUGGGUCCAGACGCUGCUGCGUGCCAAGGGCUGGAUUGUGCCGAACUAUGAGCUGCCUCCGAACCUGGAGAAGGUGCAGAUUCUGCGUGUCGUUGUGCGCGAAAACGUCACGGAGAGUUUGAUCGAGGUGCUGGUGCAGGACCUGAUUAGCAUUACGCGGCACUUGAUGGAGCAGCAGCGCGUGGCUCGCACCGUGUGCAAGGACACGGCUUCUGCGACCGACAUGACCAACAUGCUUUUGACUGGCCACUACGAGCACGGAAAGAACCACGGGCGUCCGGAUGGGCACGGCCAGCCGCCGAAGGGCUACAAGAGUCAGUGCUAA